CACAACUCUCUUCACAACCAAGCAACCAUCAGCGCCUGCCUCAGCAAGUCGGUCCCUUUAUCUAGCUGCUAGCUGCUAGCUACAAAGACGCACCACAGCAGCUAGCUCUGCAAUGGCCUCCUGCAAUGCUCUGCUUCUGUUCUUCUCGGCAGCCUUCUGCUUCCUUGCACGGCUGGCCGCCGGCGCCUAUGGCUCGUGGCAGAGCGCCCACGCCACGUUCUACGGCGAGGCCGACGCGUCCGGCACAAUGGGCGGCGCGUGUGGCUACGGCAAUCUGUACAGCACGGGCUACGGCACCAACACGGCGGCGCUGAGCACGGCGCUGUUCAACGACGGCGCGGCGUGCGGGUCCUGCUACGAGCUCAAGUGCGACGCCGCCGUUGGCACCUACUGCCGGGCGGGCAGCAUCACCAUCACCGCCACCAACCUCUGCCCGCCAAACUACGCGCUGCCCAACGACGCCGGCGGCUGGUGCAACCCACCGCGCGCACACUUCGACAUGGCCGAGCCGGCGUACCUCCAGAUCGGCGUCUACCGCGCCGGCAUCGUGCCAGUCAACUACAGGAGGGUUCCGUGCGUGAAGAAGGGCGGGAUCAGGUUCACCAUCAACGGCCACUCCUACUUCAACCUGGUGCUCGUCACCAACGUCGCCGGCGCCGGGGACGUGCAGUCCGUCUCGAUUAAGGGCUCCAAAUCCGGGUGGCAGGCCAUGUCCCGCAACUGGGGCCAGAACUGGCAGAGCAACGCGGACCUCGACGGCCAGAGCCUCUCCUUCAAAGUCACCAUCAGCGACGGCCGCACCAUCGUCAGCAACAACGCCGCCCCGGCCGGCUGGCAGUUCGGCCAGACCUUCGAAGGAGGCCAGUUCUAGCCUGAUGAUCGAGUCCUAAUUCUCCCCUCGCCAGCAGGAGAAUCUUCCCUUCAUGAAUUGCAUUGAUUUGGAGCUUGAGCAAGAGAAGGAACCUCUUCGUUAUAGUAAAGAAGAGGCCUUCGGCUAUUCCGAGGUUGCUGCAGAUCAGCACCCGCUUGGGCCUUCCCUUCUCUCAUACUAGGAGAUAGUAAAUAAGUUAUUGUGGAGUUGAGAAUUUUCAUUAUUCUUAGUAUCGCCUUGAGUUAAGAAAAUAUACGCUGUAAGGUGAUUUAUUAAGGGUAUUUUUUAGAGGUAGUAGUACAUGGGGUGGUGUGUGUGAGUGUCUUGUAACUUUUGUUGUUACGUUGUAACGCUCUAAUCCUGCUACAUGGGCGGGAGAUGUUUCUGGGGGUACACUCGUUAUUUUUGGAACCUUGAACAAUGCUAGUUUAUGGUUUGAGUA